ACUUGUGUCGGAACAGAAGCCCUCACAUGAGUGGCAUGCUUCAUGGAGUUAUGCUUUACCCCCUGCCCUGCUACCAUGGAUUGCAAAAUAUUAAUUCUUUUUCUCUUCAUGUUUAUUUCCAGCGCAGAAUUCACUAUUCAUCCGUCCAAUGAAGUUAACCUGUUGGACUCCAAAGCAAGCCAAGGGGAGCUGGGCUGGAUAUCAUCCCCAUCCCAUGGGUGGGAGGAAAUUAGCGGGGUGGAUGAGCACUAUACACCCAUACGGACCUUCCAGGUGUGUAACGUGAUGGAGUACAGCCAGAACAACUGGUUGAGGACCAAUUGGAUUCCUCGAAAUUCUGCCCAGAAGAUCUAUGUGGAGCUUAAGUUUACCCUGAGGGACUGCAACAGUAUUCCCAUGGUCCUGACCUGCAAAGAGACAUUCAACUUGCACUAUCUGGAGACAGAUGAGGACCAGGGAAGCAAGUUUAGAGAGCACCAGUUCUCAAAAAUAGACACCAUUGCAGCGGACGAGAGCUUUACUCAGAUGGACCUGGGUGACCGCAUCCUAAAACUGAACACAGAGGUCCGUGAGGUGGGGCCCAUGACAAAGAAGGGCUUCUACCUGGCUUUCCAGGAUGUGGGAGCCUGUGUAGCCUUGGUUUCCGUUCGGGUGUACUUUAAAAAAUGCCCCUUCACAGUAAGGAACCUGGCUAUGUUUCCUGACACUGUACCUACGGACUCACAGUCCCUGGUGGAAGUUAGGGGCUCCUGCGUGAACAAUUCCAGAGAGGAGGAUCCACCAAAAAUGUACUGCAGUACCGAAGGAGAGUGGCUGGUGCCCAUUGGGAAAUGCCUGUGCAACAUAGGUUAUGAGGAGCGAGGUGUUGCCUGCCAAGCCUGCCGGCCCGGCUUCUAUAAGGCUUCCUCUGGGAACGUCAAGUGCACCAAGUGUCCCCCGUACAGCUACACGCACCAGGAAGGCUCAGUGCACUGUGGCUGUGAGAAGAACUACUUCCGUGCGGAGGAGGACCCAGCCUCAGUGGCCUGUACACGACCGCCAUCUGCCCCACGCAACGUGAUCUCUGUUAUUAAUGAGACUUCAGUGAUUCUGGACUGGAACUGGCCGGCUGACAAUGGAGGCAGGAAAGACGUGACAUUUAACGUGGUGUGUAAGCGAUGCUGGCCCGGUCCCAGGCAGUGUGAGCCCUGCCGAGGGGCUGUGCGAUUUUUGCCCCGUGCAUCUGGCCUCACUAACACCACAGUAACCAUGGCAGACCUCCUGGCGCACACCAACUACACCUUUGAGAUCGAGGCACAAAACAGAGUGUCCUCCCAGGCGCCAGCUCUCCGCCAGUAUGCUGCAGUUACCAUUACUACCAACCAAGCAGCCCCAUCUUCAGUGACUGUAAUCAGGAAGGACAGAACAUCACGAAACAGCAUCUCGCUGUCUUGGUUGGAGCCAGAAAGACCCAAUGGCAUAAUUUUGGACUACGAGGUCAAGUACUACGAGAAGCAGGAACAAGAGACCAGCUACACCAUCCUGAGGUCAAAGGGCACAAACGUAACACUGAAUGGACUGAAACCCGACACCAUGUACCUGCUGCAGAUCAGAGCGCGCACCGCUGCAGGUUACGGCAGUAGCAGUCGCAAGUUCGAGUUUGAGACAAGCCCAGACUCCUUCUCCAUAUCCAGUGAGAACAGUCAAGUAGUGUUGAUCGCUAUCUCGUCCGCUGUGGCUAUUAUCCUCCUCACUGUAGUGCUCUACAUUGUGAUUAGCAGGUUUUGUAGGUACAGCAGGUCCAAACAUCCAGAUGAAAAGAGACUGCCCUUUGGCAAUGGCCACUUGAGGCUGCCUGGCAUCAAGACCUAUGUGGACCCUCACACAUAUGAAGACCCAAGUCAAGCCGUGCACGAAUUUGCCAAGGAACUGGAGGCGUCUUGCAUUGCCAUUGACAAAGUAGUUGGGGCAGGGGAGUUUGGAGAGGUAUGCAGUGGCCGUUUGAAGCUACCGUCUAAGAAGGAGAUCUGCGUGGCCAUCAAGACACUCAAAGCCGGAUACACAGAGAAACAGAGGCGGGACUUCCUCAGUGAAGCGAGCAUUAUGGGACAGUUUGACCACCCCAACAUCAUCAGACUGGAGGGUGUAGUCACCCGCAGUAAGCCUGUGAUGAUAGUGACCGAGUACAUGGAGAAUGGCUCCUUGGACAGCUUCCUGCGGAAACAUGAUGCACAGUUUACGGUGAUUCAGCUGGUAGGCAUGCUGCGUGGCAUCGCAUCUGGAAUGAAGUAUCUAUCGGACAUGGGUUACGUGCACAGAGACCUGGCCGCUCGGAACAUCCUGGUAAACAGCAACCUAGUGUGUAAAGUGUCAGACUUCGGCCUGUCCAGAGUGCUGGAGGAUGACCCAGAAGCUGCCUACACAACAAGAGGUGGCAAAAUUCCUAUCCGAUGGACUGCACCAGAAGCCAUUGCCUAUCGCAAGUUCACCUCGGCCAGUGACGUAUGGAGUUAUGGGAUUGUGCUAUGGGAGGUCAUGUCUUAUGGAGAGAGACCUUAUUGGGAGAUGUCUAAUCAGGAUGUGAUUAAAGCAGUGGAUGAGGGCUACCGUCUCCCACCACCCAUGGAGUGUCCAGCCACCCUUUACCAGCUGAUGCUGGACUGUUGGCAGAAAGACCGAAACAAUCGGCCAAAGUUUGAGCACAUAGUCAGCAUUCUGGACAAGCUCAUUCGCAACCCUAGUAGUCUGAAGAUCACGGCCAGCACUGCGCCUAGACCAGUGAACCUGCUUCUGGACAGGAACAGCACUGACAUAACUUCCUUUCAUUCAAUGGGUGAUUGGCUGGAGAGUGCGAGGACGUUGCCUUGUAAAGAAGUGUUCAGUGGGGUCAGUUACAGCUCCUGUGAUACACUGGCCAAAACAUCAGCAGAAAUCUGUCUGACUGAAGUAAGGCCAGCAGCCACUUGUCCUGAGUGGGAGCCGUCCAUGGGAAUUACAACACUUUAAAGCUUAUAGACUGGAUGGGACUUCAAGAAAGUUGGAGUGAUGAUCGUUGGACCUCAGAAGAACAUUGUGAGCAGCCUAACACUUGAAACACACACAAAGAACGGUCCCGUUCCUGUGUAACAUUUUAAAAGGACGAAUGGAGAGAUACUUAUAUGAGAUUGAUGCUGCUUUGGCUUUAACAGACAGGAAAGAGAUAAUAAACGAGAAGAAUAACUUGUUUUCAAACUACAAUGCUUGAAAACAUGUGCAGAGCAGAUCAACCUUCCUGGAGAAUGAUCAUGUCUUCCCAGUGCUCUGGGUACAAGAUGCAAAGACGAAGAGCGUGUCGCCCAGCUAUUGACAUAAUGCCUUAUUGCGGAGACACAAGAGAGCAGAAUGAGAGCAGACACUACUGUCUACUCCUAUUGGAUCUCCAUGCCACAUGGAUCUUGAAGACAGCAGAAAGGUGGAAGCCGGUCCAAUCCAAAUUGAUUUAACUAUGAGUUCUUAACAUGUGGCAGGAGAGCAUUAAAAUGCCUCAGUCUUCCUUUUGGAAGGUAGCGCUUCGAAGAGGCAAUAGCUUGAGCCUUAGAGUUUGGGCUAUUUUGGGCCACUUGUAGAAAAGCAGCCUGCCCAUAAAUAAAAGCCCCCAUUAAUUCACAGAUUCCUCAGAAGAACAGCAGGAUAAUUUAUUCAGUGAACAUACAAUACUGCUGGCUACUGUUUGAGCAAUCUGCUAAUGCUCGAAAGGGUGACACAUAAGAAUAUACACUACCAGUCAUACAUUUUGACACAAUUGACUUUAUAUAUGUAGACCAUGAAGCAACCUCAUGAAGUUGGUUUAGAGAAUGCCCGGAGUGUGCAGAGCUAUAAUCUAGACAAAGUAUAUACUGGUGCUUUUACGUCAUGUCCAAAUUACCAUAAUUAAAAAAUUCCGACCUGUGAAAAAACAUUCACAUCUUUGUAGAAAUCAUAAUUACAUGUUGUAAACUAGGAAUUCUAUGAAAACUCUGACUAGAACCAAUAUGGCAGCAGCCUCAACAGUUAAAGGAAGUAAACACAUUGAGUCAGUCAUGCAUUAGAUUAAUUAUUGAAGUGAGCUAUGUUUUGUUACAGUAUUAACAAGAAAGCUGUUUUACCGUUAUGAGUGUUGCUUUAGAAAACAACUAACUUCCGACGUCCGGCGAUGUGAACAACUCAGAGUAGAAUUUCCGAGUUGCCAUCUCGUUAUAACAGUAAUUCUGACAAGACGUGAACACAAUGUAAGAUACGAUUCUUUACCAUUGUUUGGUCACUACAUAAUUCCCUGACUUCCAUCUGUGUUAUUUGAUCGUGACUUAAUCAUUCUAAAAUGUGUUGAUGUGUCCAAACUUUUGAUUGGAAAUGUAUAUUUGAUAAACCAUUAAUCUGCAAGUGCAGAGAGCCAUUCGCAAAAUCAGGGGACAGGGUAGGAGGAGAUGGGUGAACUUGUCAUUCUUUAUUUUUAACUGUUAAUGUAGCCCAUGACAUAUUUUUGUUUGUAUCACAAUGCUCAAAUGUAAUAUAUAAAUUAAUUAUCAAAUUUAAAAAAACAAAACAAUAUGUAGUAAAAAAAAAUGGUUUACUAGAAUGAGUAGCAGUCAGUACAUCAUUUUUUUUUUAGCAAAACCUCAGACAUUGCAGCAACAUCACAUGACAUUAUUCUGUGGAUAUGCUCAUCCACAAAAAUGGACUGUUUGAAAUGGAAUACUAGCUUACUGAUUACUGUGCAGUAUACUGCCUAUAUAUGUGAUAUACUUUAUAUAUAUAUAGGAGCAACUAUACACACACACACACACAAUGUUUGUCACAUGACCUAAUUACGUUGUAUGUCUAUUACGGCAAGUGUUUCCAGUUAUUAUCUAGGAAAAUAAGAACUUUAAUAUAUGCAUGUAGUAACAUUAUGAUUUGUUGUAUGCUGCAAAUUUGGCUGAUAAUUGUAGGUCAACCUGGUAUCCUGUGUAUACAGAAAAAUCACAUACUGUAUGUAGAAUACAUACUAUAUAAUACAGAAAUAGUAGGAGUGGUACAGUAGUAUGCUAUUAGCCACUCUAUAAUUUCCUGCAGUGAAGUUAUAAAUAGAGGUUUCGGAAAUAGAGGGGUAUUCUUAGAGGACAGUGGCAAGUGAUCUGUCAUCACCGUGAACAUUCAUGAUGCACACCACUCAGCUCUUGAAAUACAAGGGUGAAAGGUAACCACUAAUGCUUCAGAUUGUGUAUUGUUUGAAGCUUAAUAUUGCUUUUGGGAUUAAUACACCACUCAUAUGUUGAGUUACAGUAUGACAGUGGCUCAACAUUUACAAAUAACUUGUCAACAUCUGAAAGUUUUUUUUAGACAUCUACACUAACAUCUGCACAGAUAUGAGAAGAAUUGUAAUGGUGCAGACAACAGUUUGACCUUGUACUGCACUACUUAUUGAAGGAACUAUCCAUUAUUCCUCCAUCCCCUUGUCAUUUUGCGUGUAUAUGUUGCUUUCCCCCUGCUGUUAAAAUGUACAUAUGUGAUCCGGACCUGUGAUGAUAGCAUUGGUGACUCUAGUGGUACUAUCAUUUACCUGGCCAUCCCUUUGUACAAAUGUCUGUAUGUAUGUAUGUAUGUAUGUAUAAAUGAAUGAAAAAAAUAUCAAUGCAUCCUUUAUAAAACUUGUAUUAUAUUUGUUUUUACAUAAAAACAAUUAUAAUGACUUAUUAUUUAUUUCUUAACAAGAAACCACAGUGUUGUUUUUUUUUUGUUUUUUUUUCUGUUCAUAGCAUUCACAAAGCUAUGACAUGUUUAUGUUUCAAACUUAUCAGUGUUUUUUUAUUGUAGUUUUUUUAACAUAACAUUUUGAAGAGCAAUACUGUUUGUGCACCCCGUUCCUCAUCUUUAGAUCGGUGUGUGUGUGUGUGUGUGUGUGUGUGUGUGUGUGUGUGUGUGUGUGUGUGUGUGUGUGUGUGUGUGUGUGUGUGUGUGUGUAUGUGUGUGAGUGUGUGUGUAGAUGGCCUUGUCUACUAAUGUAAAAUGAUUUGUAGUGGAAACAUUUAUAUUUUUAUAAUAAAUAUUCUCAAAAUAUUUUCUAAAGAAUGAAUGUUAAGAAGAUUGUGUCAAAAUGGUGUUUGUUUGUGCACGCACACUU